AUGAGGCAGAAAAGACUGAUAAAUCGAGAGUCGAGAGUUGUGGAUGCUGGAACAUAUAAAUCUGAAAGAGUUAUUGUUGGCCGACAAGGAAUGGAAAUUCAUGUUCAAGGCAGCAAAAAACCGUUGCUUAAUUUUUGUGCCAACAAUUAUUUGGGUCUUAGCAGUAAUCCAGAAGUGAUUAAGGCAGCAAAACAUGCAUUAGAUACGCAUGGAGCCGGUAUGAGUUCGGUACGUUUCAUUUGCGGUACUCAGGAUAUUCAUCGUCAACUGGAGCUAAAAAUUGCUGAAUUUCAUGGGCGUGAAGAUGCUAUUCUGUACGCCGCAUGUUUUGACGCUAAUGGUGGAGUUUUUGACGUGCUUACCGGUGAAUCGGAUGCAAUAAUUUCUGAUGAACUAAAUCACGCAUCAAUAAUUGAUGGGGUACGCUUAUGUAAGGCUAAACGAUACCGAUACAAGCAUAUGGACCUAAAUGACCUUGAAAAAAUUCUUGAAGAAACAAAAAGCUGUCGCCGUCGUGUUAUUGCCACGGAUGGAGUAUUCAGUAUGGACGGUGAUGUUGCACCGUUGAAAGAGAUUUGCGAUUUAGCUGAUAAGCAUAAGGCACUUGUAUUUAUUGAUGAAUGUCAUGCAACAGGAUUCUUUGGUCCAACUGGUAGAGGAACUGAGGAACAACUGGGGAUACAGGGACGUGUAGAUGUAAUUAAUUCAACACUUGGAAAAGCUCUUGGUGGUGCUAUGGGCGGCUAUACCACUGGACCAAAACAGCUAAUUGAUCUUUUGCGACAAAAAUCUCGUCCAUACCUAUUUUCCAAUUCGUUGGCACCAUCAAUUGUUGGAGCAUCGUUAAAAGUGCUGGAUAUGUUGAUGACAUCCAGUGACUUUACACGUACACUUAAGUCAAACAUAACACAUUUUCGUAGUUCACUAAAGCGUCUUGGUUUCACUGUUCUUGGAAAUCCGGAUCAUCCAAUUUGUCCAGUAUUUUUAAAAGAUGCACGACUAGCAAGUGAAUUUGCUGAUGAAAUGUUAAAAGAAGGAAUCUAUGUUAUUGGCUUCAGUUAUCCGGUAGUACCAAAAGGAAAAGCAAGAAUACGUGUUCAGAUAUCAGCUGCACAUACACGUGAUCAAAUUGAUCGUUGCAUCAAUGCAUUUGAGGCAAUUGGUAAAAAGUUUAAAGUGAUCUAA